UCCAUAUCAAUGUUUGUUUUGAUUUCGGCUGUCCGGGCCAGCGGCCUUCAAAGUUCAUAGGCGCUGCCUAGCGCAAAGUGAAGGAGCACCCCGGAGCACCCGCACGUUUGGUUCACGUUCACGACCAGGAAAUAUCCUUCAAACUAGAGACUUGUGUGCACACUGCGGCCCCAUGAGAGCUAGAUGGACCUGGGCGCCAAUCGGGAAUUCGGGAAGAACACUAUUUCAUUUCCAACCUACUGAGGACCACUGAGGACUACUGAGGACGCUCAUACCAUCAUCAUCGUCACCAUCAUCCAUCCUUGUUGUUGUUGUUGUCGUCAUUAUUCUCAUCGAAUUGUGCGUUGGAUUGUCAUCCUGCCAAGAUGCCCGAGGGUCUGGUCACGUUCGUUGCCAUCGCCAUGGCCCUCAUUGGAGUCUUGGCCAAUUUCGCGCUUCACAAGAUCGACGAAGGCCAUGUGGGCGUGUAUUACCGCGGUGGGGCGUUGCUCUCGCAGGUGUCCACGCCCGGCUUUCACAUGCGCAUCCCGGGUUUGACCACGUUUCGCGUGGUGCAGACCACCCUGCAGACGGAUCAGGUGACCAAUGUGCCGUGCGGCACCUCCGGUGGAGUCAUGAUCUACUUCGAUCGCAUCGAGGUGGUCAACAUCUUGUCCGCGGACGCCGUCUACGACAUUGUCAAGAACUACACGGCCGAUUACGACAAGCCGCUCAUUUUUCAUAAGGUCCACCAUGAGCUGAAUCAGUUCUGCUCGGUUCAUAAUCUCCAGGAUGUGUACAUCGAUUUGUUCGAUCAGAUCGACGAGAACCUGAAGAACGCGCUGCAAAACGACCUCGAGCAAUUGGCGCCCGGACUGCGCGUCCUCUCGGUCCGGGUCACCAAGCCCAAGAUCCCAGACUCGAUCAAACGCAACUACGAGCUCAUGGAGGCCGAGAAGACCCAAUUGUUGAUUUCUACCCAACGCCAGAAGGUGGUCGAGAAGGAGUCCGAGACUGAACGGAAGAAGGCCGUCAUUGAGGCCGAGAAGGAGGCCUUGGUCUCUAAGAUCAACUUCGAGAAGCAGAUCGUGGAGAAGGAGUCUCUGCGCAAGAUGGCGUCGAUUGAGGAUGCCAUGCACUUGGCCCGCGAAAAGAGCCGCACGGAUGCCAGUUUGUACCGCAUCGAGCGAGAGGCGCAAGCCAACGCCCUCUUGCUCCAACCGGAAUACCUUAAACUCAAGGAGAUCGAGGCCCUGGCCGCUAACCGAAAAGUUUAUUUCGGACCAAGUAUCCCGACCACGUUUGUCGAAGGUCUUUCCGACCCUAGUCAAGAGAAAUUGUCAGUGCUCAAUACCCAGUCCAAAACCCCGCCUUAACCAAAACAAUGGCUCAGUUCAGGAGAUGGAAAGUACUCGGGUGAUAAUGUAAUAUAACAGUAAAUGAAUUUCUUGUUCUAUCGAGCUUUACUGCAUCGAGACAUCAUGGCCUGAAUCCCCGCACCUGAAGAACAUUUGGCUGGGUUCAAAGAAUGAUGGCAACAUGUAACACGUGUUAAAGGCAUGUCUUUGGUUUAUUUUGAUCAAAUUAAUAACACGUGUCAUGCAGGAGAAUUAGAAAGAGAGAGAGAAAGAGA